AUGGGGCUUGUCAGCAUCAUAAGAAAGAUGAAGAGGAAGGAGAAGGAAAUGCGUAUUCUCAUGGUCGGCCUGGACAACUCCGGGAAGACGACGAUUGUUUUGAAAAUUAAUGGAGAAGACACCAGCGUCAUCAGUCCAACACUCGGCUUCAACAUCAAGACCAUCACUUACCACAAGUAUCUGUUGAAUAUAUGGGACGUUGGUGGGCAAAAGACGAUAAGAUCGUACUGGAGGAACUACUUUGAGCAAACUGAUGGCCUGGUUUGGGUUGUGGAUAGUUCAGAUCUUAGAAGGCUAGGUGAUUGCAAAAUGGAACUCGAUAACCUCUUGAAGGAAGAGAGGCUAUCUGGAGCGUCUUUGCUGAUACUUGCUAAUAAGCAAGACAUCAAUGGGGCUCUUACACCGGACGAGAUUGCCAAAGUACUGAACUUGGAUAACAUGGAUAGAACCAGACAUUGGAAGAUCGUCGGUUGUUGCGCUUAUACGGGUGACGGGCUGCUCGAGGGGUUCGACUGGCUAGUUCAAGACAUCGUCUCUAGAAUCUACGUGCUUGACUAA